GUUUAAUCACGUGAAACCUCGUUGGAAAAGUUUCUCUACGUCACUCCACGUAUCAAAUUCGUCAAACUGAUAACUAUUCUUUGAAUAUAUUGGAAAAUGUCCCUGAUAUGGAGUACGAUUGUGAGGAGGCCUGCGAAAUAUUUUCAGCGCAAGGCCUUGCUAUAUCCAUCGUCAGAAAUGUUCUAUUUUACACGUCUCGUAACUUCGGCAAGUAUGAAAAAAAUUAAGGCGAAACAGGCGGCUUUCCAACGCGAUGACGGAGUGCCAGUAUAUUUGAAAGGCGGAACCUCGGAUAAAGUACUUCUCAACAUUUCAGUAAUUCUGUUAUUAAUAGGGUUGUUUAACAGCGUAAGGGCAAUAUAUCAUUUUACGAAAGGACCAGAAUCUACCGAACAAUAACGAUAUGCGUAUUACAACCUUUUAAAUUAAUAUCGAGUUGAUUUGUAUCUGUGGGUAACUCUUGAUUAAUAAAAAGUCGCAUUAUUAUUUAAA